GAUAUUAACUAAGACGAGGCAAAGAAUAAAUUCAACAAGGAAUUCGUAUUUAAAGAUAUAACGGGCUGAAUAAUGACGUCACUAAGCGAAGGUAAAAGAUAACGCCAACAUGGAUAUAGAUCAUAUAGUACUGGAUAAAGAAGCAAUCAACCGGUUUGAACAAUAUACUUUAGCCAAGCCUUCGCUAAAUGGAGGUAUCCCUUUGGACAGAUGCCAAGAUGCCGACUCGGUGGUAUCUAAUAGCAAGAUGAGAGCGCAAAGUUCCCGCCAAAAAGUUGUUUGCUGUUUUUGUUUUAAAACCACUAAGUACAGAAGAAAACAAUUCUUAAUAGGAUCACUAACCAAUUUUGUGAUAUUUGCAGUACUAUUAGCAUAUAUAUUUUUGGGUUCAUUCAUAUUCUUAGCUAUUGAGGGUGGCGCAGAAAUGCCGGCCAGACCUCGAAUAUUGCCGGACAGACAAAAACUAAGCCAUAAAGAGAAUAAUACGGAAAAGAAGGAAUCUGACGAUGAAAAUAAUUUUAGUAAUUUGACGGUGUCUGCUAAUUAUUUUUGGGAAGCAAGAAGCAGAGCGGUAGAAAAUAUUUGGGAAAUAACUGUGUCUCUAAAUAUUUUGUAUAGAGAGAAUUGGACACGAUUAGCAGCACAAGAGAUUUUGAAGUUUCAGAACGAACUGGUUCAGAGGGUGACAACAGAAAUGGCGUCACAAUAUGGCGUCAGUUACAGAGAGAUGGCGUUGGGGGAGUUUGGUGGUAGCGACCUUGCUAACCAUUAUGAAGAACACGAAUGGAAUCUGGCAUUGGCGUUUUUCUACUCUCUCACUGUAUUAACUACCAUUGGAUACGGCAACAUCGCUCCAAGAACAAUAUUGGGCAAAGGCGUCACCGUAAUAUAUGCGUUAAUUGGCAUACCCCUCACACUCGUUUACCUAUCUAAUGUGGGUUCAUUGCUGUCAAAAAUGGCCCGAAGCGUCUUCAGUAGAGCACUUUGCUGCUGCCUCUGCUCUAACUGCGGUUACUGCUGCUACGACGAAAGGAGAAUGGCCGAAAAGGAAAGAAGAAUGAAACUGAAACGACAGCAAGAGGAACUCAACAGUCAAAAUACAAGCAAAACUCCUACAGAGGAAUGCUACGUCCUGAAGGCUGAUAGUCAAAAGGACUCCGUGUCAGAAAGACCUACCACUAGUACAGCCAAAGAUGAUGUCAUCAGUUGGCCUGACACUGAUUCCAAACUAUCCAUGCAUGGUUUAAGUAUUCUAGCACCAGUAUUAUUAUGUCUAACAGCGAUUUUCAUUUAUAUAUCUGUCGGGGCUAUAGUUCUUUUCAAGUUAGACCAUAUGGGGAUCGUUGACGGAUUUUAUUUCUGUUUCAUGGCUUUGAGUACAAUUGGUUUUGGAAAUAUUUUUCCUGGUAUGAACUACACCACCAUCCAUGGUGUUAGAUACUAUACAAUAAAUACUACUACGUUAUGGUUCUGCUCGGCUUAUACAUUAACCGGUCUUGCUUUAACUGCAAUGUGUUUUGGUGUUAUACAUGAUGAAAUUAUAUACAGGAUAAAGCAUCAGCAAAAACAGUGGUCUCAGAAAAGCAACACAGUUAAUGAUGAAGUUAAUUUAAAUGAUCCAUUUUAUAUGAACUCCUGACAUAUGUAUAGUAAGGGGAAAUCUGAGAAUUUGUAUAGUAUAAUGGAAGAUAAUUCUGUAGUAGAACGUAAUAGAAUUGAAAUCGACAAUAGGGAAGUAGUUCUUAGUGUAGAUGAUAUACCAGUGGCUGCGGCUAUUGAUCAUAAUGUAGAGUUACCGCCACCACCUCCUGAAGAGGAAAUCAUAGCUAUUGUCACUAAAAAAGAACCUAAAGGUGGUUUUGGUAAUAUGGUAGCAUACAAUGUACUACCAGAAAUGCUGGAUCAUGUGAAUGAUACAUAAUCGUGAAAAAAUUGGUAUUAUUGCCUAAUUAAUAUUGA